UACAUUGGGAGCUGAGAGUCUUGGUCACUGGACCACCAGGGAAGUCUCCCUCCAAAUUUAUUCUUCAGAAAUACCCUAUUUUUUGGCUUUUCGCUACAUGUCAUUUAGAAUUGCUUUGUCAGUUUUCUCUCUCUCUCACACACACACAUCUUCUGGAUUGUCCUGGAAAAUGCAUUGACUAUACAAUCCAUCCAGAGAGAACUUGCAUUUCCAAUAAUAUUGAGCCUUUCAAUCAAUUCAUAAAUAUGACUUUUCUCUUCAUGCAUUUAUUAUCUUGUAGUUAUCUACAGAUAACUUGCAUAUCUUACAUUAGAUUUGUUCAUAGGUAUUUAGUGUUGGAAAUUAUGAUAAAAGUUAUUUAAUUUUAUGUUUCUCUUAUAAAAAUUGCUUUUGGAAUAUUGACUUUGUAAAAGGCACCUUGCUAAAUUCAUCUAGUCUAAUAUUUGUAGAUAUUUAGGGUUUUUUCCCAAACAAAAUUGGGCCGUCUAUAAAUAAUAGUUGAUAAUUUUCUUUUCUACAUUUUUAAAUUGUUUUCAGCCAUGCCAUGCAACAUAUGCAAUCUUAGCUCUCUUACAAGGGAUGGAGUCCAUGUCCCCUGCAGUGAAAGCACAGAGUCCUAACCACUGGACCACCAUGGAAGUCCUUGAUACAUUUUCUGAUCUUAUGUAACUGGCUGGAUACCAGUCAUAUGUUGUAUAGAGUUGACAAUGGACUUCCACCUCUCAAUCCCAAGAAUAAAACUGUUAAGAAAAAUUUUUGUUGUACUUUUAAGCGUAAUUUUUGUUGUAGUUAUUUUGUAAUUAUUUUAUCACAGUGAAAGUGUCCUUCUAUUCCUAGCUUAGCAAGAGUCUUUCUUAGGAUUGAGUACUGACUUUUAUUAAACAUAUUCAAUGUAUCUGCUUAUGUGGUAGUAUGUUCUUUCAGUUCUAUUAAUGUGGUAUUUUUGAAAUUAUGUGGCUUUUUGAAAUUUAACCCAAAAUGAAUGCAGAACAUAGAAUUCAUCUACACAUAAUAUACUUUCUUUACACAUGACUUGGUUUCAUUUGCAGAUAUUUAGUUAAGGAUUUUUACAUCUAUACUCAUAUAAAUUACUGGACAGUAGUCGUCCUUACUUUAAUGCACUUGUAAAGUUUCAUGAUCAGGAAGGUUCAUUAAUUAAAAUAGGAAUGUCUCCUCUUUCCCUAUGCUCUGUGAGAAUUUGUGUAUUAUUAGAGUUAUCACUUUCUUAAGUUUCUCAAAAUUUACCUGUGAAGUUAUCUGAGCCUGAAAUGUAUGCUUUCUCUUUCUUUUUUAAUUAUACUGGUGAUAUAUAUAAUUAGAUACAAAUCUCCUGUUUCUAUUGUAUAAUCUUUAAGCAUCCAACACUAUCAACAAAUGCAGCAUUUAUGCAAUAUUUGAUUGUUACCUAAAUAGUGAGAUAAGAAAAUAAUAGGAAAACUUAUAAAAUAUUAUUUAUAAAUGUCCUGAUGUUGUUUUAAAGCAGAUCUCCAGAAACAAAGGACAUCAAGAACUAAAUCCUGGCAGCUGAAUCUAUAAGAAGCAUUGCCAAGAAUGGAUUUAGGUUUCAGAGCAUCAUUUCAGUGUAAACCAUCCAAGGAUGACCCAAAGUCAGCAAAUACAGACUUUAUCCCCAGGCGAGGACCCACACUGCAAACAGCAGGGGAUAUCUCUAAGUUGCAGAACACUCAGCCCGGCUUAUUGCAAAAUGGCAAUAACUCAUGUGCAAGGCAGGAACUGCAAAGACUCUAUAAGUCAUUUCAUUUAUGGCUGCAGCCAGAAAAACACAGCAAGGAUGAAAUUAUUUUUCAACUUGCCCUGGAACAAUUUAUGAUCAAUAAGCACUACAGUGAAAAGUCUACUUUGAAAGAGAAAUGGGAAGCAAGUGGUGGAGACCUGGAGAAAUUCACAGAAGAUCUGCAUGAUGACUGCAUGAAGUUACCUGACUUGGUCCAUGUCCACAUGCAGGGGCAGGAAGCCCUCUUUUCAGAAAAUAUGCCCUUAAAAGAAAUCAUCUUUCAUCUAACCAAUCAGUUGUCGACAGGAGGGGUGAACAUGAGGACUCCAUCCCGGACUAUGCAAGAUACGUCCCUAGAAACAGGACAGAGAAAUGAAGAUAAAGAAAACGAUGGCAAUAUUUCUGUGAAAACUCAUCAAGUAAAUGACAGUAUUACUAGUCCAAGCAAUCUAAUACCUUCUCUACUCAUUGUCCAAGAAGAGAACCGUCCGAGGCUGGAAGAAGGAGGCGUUUCUCUGGAGAAUCCACGAAGCUCCAGAAGAGGAGCAAGUCCAGGCCCCUUCAGGCUCCAGGACAGACUCCUGAAAGGACCCUCUUCUCAAGAUGUCCUCAUGGAGGUGGAACCAGACCAGGUCACCCCUGAGCCUGUUUCUGCACGUCAGAGCUCUGAGGGGACUUCUGCACGUGGGGAAGACCAGGAAAGAUCCCAUCGAGCCCCGGAAGUGUACAGAUGUGAGAGAUGUCCCAAGACCUUCAGGUAUUCCUCUCGGUUCAGAGUUCACCAGAAAAGACACAAUAAUGAGAGGACAUAUAUUUGUGCCGAGUGUGGCAAAGGCUUCUUCCAGGCAUCAGACCUCCACGUGCAUCAGAGGAUUCACACAGGAGAGAAGCCCUUCGCGUGCAGCACCUGUGAAAUGGCCUUCACCCACAAGACCAACCUUCGGGCUCAUGAGAGAACCCACACGGGAGAGAAGCCCUAUGAGUGUGCCCUCUGCCAGAGAUGCUUCCGCCAGUCCUCCACCUACCACCGCCAUCUUAGGUUUCACCAGAAAACUACCCUCAAGAGUGCUCCACACUAAAUUAAGCUUUCUAGGCUACAGCCCCAAUGUAAUGGAUAUAAAUAUGUAUGUGAAUAUGUAGAUUUCCAUAGUAUUUCUCCAUUUAGAUUAUACUUUAUAAUUUCCUCAUGUUAUUCCCAUUGUCUCACACCACCCAAAUAUAAGUUUAAGGAAGACAUGUGGUUUCUCAGUAUUUUUCACUAACUUUUCCCAGGUGCUUUGAAAUGGCUGACACAAUUCAAACAACUAGUAAAUACCUGUUUAGUACAUGAAUUUAUC